GUCCUUCCAUCACCGUUCUCUCCAUUCCGUUCCUCCGAUCGCCGGAGCAUUCCGAUCUCCGGCGAUCCACCGCUUCUCCAACUCGCCGUAUUCUCUUCCGCCGCGCUUCUGCAAUAGAUACGUUCUCCACUCCUAUUGCAUAAUCAUUCCUCAAUUUAUCAAUCGCAUGGAUCCAUCUCCAGCUUUCGUUCUUCCGAUUUGCGAAAACCUAAUUUUGUAGAAUGUAGUUUUGCUCGUACAUAAAUAUACAUAUAAUUGUGUGUGUGUGUGUGUGUGUAUUUGCUAUAUGCAUACAUACAUAAGAAGAGCCGAGAUGUUUCACAAAAUCAUAAAGAGAAGCCACCGCAAGGCGGCGAAAUCCGACGUCGAUUUCGCGUUUCCUCCGCCGUGGAUAAGCUCCGCCGCCGACCUCGUCGUGUGCCACGCCUCACUGCGGCCGCAAACGCCUGCUGCCGCGAAGGCGGAGCAGCCGCAGCCGCAGCCGCAGCCGCAGCCGCCUCUCGACGUAUUCGAGAAUCUACCGACGUUUCGAGAUGCUGCAGCUGUGGAUCGCCAGGAUUUGUUUCUGCGGAAGGUGAAGCUCUGCUGCGUGCAAUUUGAUUUCUCUGACACUUCGAAAAUGGCGAAGGAGAAGGACAUUAAGCAGCAGACUUUGAUCGAGCUCAUGGAAUUUCUUCAAUACGGUAAAAUCACGGAGGCGAAUCAAGGGGAAUUGGUUAAGAUGAUUUCCACCAACAUUUUCCGUGAAUUGCCCCCUGCCUCCUACGAAAGCACGUGUUCUGAGAUUGUCGAACCCGACGAGGAGAAUCCCUAUUUUGAUCCUGCUUGGCAGCAUUUGCAUCUCGUUUACGAGGUGCUGUUGCGGUAUGUGGUCUCGCCGGAUACAGAUACGAAGACUGCCAAGCGCUACAUCGAUCAUUUCUUCGUUAUGAAGUUGCUUGAUUUGUUUGAUUCCAAUGAUCAGAGGGAGAGGGAGUGCGUGAAGACUGCUCUGCAUAGGAUAUACGGGAAGUUCAUGGUGCAUAGGCCGUUUAUUAGGAAGGCGAUAAACAAUAUCUUCUACAGGUUCGUGUACGAGACGGGGAGGCAGAAUGGGAUCGCGGAGCUGCUGGAGAUACUAGGGAGCAUCAUCAGUGGUUUUGCAUCGCCAAUAAAGGAGGAGCACAAGGUGUUUCUUGCACGAGUUUUGAUACCGCUCCACAAAGCGAAGGCAUUGGCGACAUAUCACAGCCAGCUAUCCUAUUGUGUUACGCAGUUUGUGGAGAAGGAUUACAGAUUGGCGGAUACCAUUGUUAUGGGCCUGUUGAAGUGUUGGCCAGUCACCAAUUCGCAGAAGGAGGUUCUUUUUCUUGGGGAACUUGAGGAAGUGUUGGAGAUGACAAACAUUAUGGAGUUUCAGCGAUGCAUGGUUCCUCUGUUCAGACAGGUUGCUCGUUCCAUGAAGAGCUCUCACUUUCAGGUUGCGGAACGAGCUCUUUUCUUGUGGAACAAUGAACACAUUGUUGAACUGAUAGCCCAGAACCGGAGUGUUAUCUUGCCAAUCAUUUUUGAGGCGUUGCAAAAGAAUACACAGUAUCACUGGAACCAGGCAGUACAUGGCUUAAGUCUUAAUGUUCGAAAAACGUUCAUGGAGUUGGAUGGCGAUCUAUUUGAAGAGUGCCGGAAGCAGUACAAAGAGAGGAAAGGCAAGUGCAAAGAGCUGGAGGAACAACGAGAACUAACAUGGCAACGACUCGCAGCAGCUGCUGCUGCCGAGUGAGGAUGGGAGCGAAGGAACACGCUUAUCGCCUCCUGAUCUCCGAUUGGAUUGGAAUCAUUUCCUCAGUCUCAAAUCUCCAAGGUACAUAAUUUUUGCAUUCACUUUUUUCUUUCUGUUGUUACUUUGCCUUGUUUUCUGGCAAAGGAAAUGGCAGUGUAAUUAUGGAUGUGCGUUUAUAUUUGUAUUAUGUGCUGCGAUAUUAGAGGUUUCUGACUUUGACUUUUAUUUGUAUUUAUACCAAUCAAUUCAAUUGCGCCA